AUGGCUUUCCGCCGGUUGUUGGCUGCAUCCGCAGUUGCGCUGUCCUCGGCGCGGUUGGCGAGAUGGGAGAGUCAUGGUGAGUUGAUGGACGAGGAGGCACUGAAGGAGAAGGCCGUCACCCAGGAGCUCAUUGACGCCGUCAACUCUGCCAAGGGUUCGACUUGGACGGCCGGACCGAACACCCGCUUUGCAGGUGCCACGCUAAAGGAUGUUAAGAUUCUGAUGGGGACGCUGCAGGACUUGGACAACAACACUGUCCUGCCGUACAAAGCCCCAACAGAGGUUUCGAACCUGCCAGACGAGUUCGACUGGAGGACAGACCCACGUGCUCAGGAUUGCCCCAGCUUGAAGGAGAUUCGGGACCAAGCGGAUUGCGGAUCCUGCUGGGCUUUCGGCAGUGUCGAGGCGAUGACAGAUCGCAUCUGCAUUGCCAGUAAGGGCCAGCAGAAAGUCCAUCUUUCAGCGGAGGACGUGACUAGCUGCUGCACCUUUGGUGACAUGGGCUGUAACGGAGGUGUGCCAUCCACUGUCUACUCCUACUACCGGACAUCUGGCAUUGUUGAUGGCGGCAACUAUGGCGACAAGUCUAUGUGCUACUCGUACCAGCUCCAGCCUUGUGCGCACCACACGACCUCGCCCCAUUACAAGAACUGUACCGGCGAGGAGCCAACCCCCUCUUGUGCCAGGAAGUGCGUGGACAAUGGUGCUGACUGGGGCACCAGCAAGCAUUACGGCAGUGCUGGAUACAGUGUUUGCCAGCAGGGAAGUGGAACGAGCUGUGCCCAAGCUAUGAUGCAGGAGAUUUACAAGUCUGGACCCAUCACUGGUAUGUUCUUCGUUCAUCGGAGCUUCCUUUCAUACAAGUCUGGAGUGUACAAGGCCGGCUUCUUCUUCAAGGAUCCCAUGCUAGGUGGCCACGCCAUCAAGAUUCUUGGUUGGGGAACGGAAAAUGGUACGCCUUACUGGCUGGUCGCCAACAGCUGGAAUGCAGACUGGGGGCAAGACGGCUUCUUCAAAAUCGAGCGGGGAACCAACCAAUGCCAAAUUGAGAACCCAAUCAUCAACGGCGGACCCGUUGCAGAUUGGUUCAGCCACUUUAAAGAGUCUUGUCUCCACACGCAGUAUACCGAUGCCCAGGUGCUCACAGGAUCGCGUCGGAUGGAUGUGAUCGGCGGAGCAGUUGCUGCCCUUAGAGCCUUCUGCGACCUUGCCAGGUGCAAGAAGCGCCCAGACGCGAAGGGCGCGGAGGUUAUCGUGAAUGCGCUGCGUCGCGAGGGCGCCACUGACUGUGUGGAGCAGGCGUUUUGCUGUUUCUCUCACUAUGACGACAAUGCGGAGAUGCUGGAGGACGCUUCCGCUGUCUCUGCCCAACUUGCGGGGGUCGAGGCCCGGGAACAAGGAAGAAGGUUUUGUCGCACGUUGUCAGCACUAGCCCCCACAAAAGUCGUGAGGCUUUGCUGGCACGCCUGGGGGAGGACUGAGCACCGCAUGAUUGCCUCAGCGUAG